AUGCCGCCUUCCACGGAACCCAAAGAGCUCAAGCCCUCUGAGCGCACCGUCCUCCUCCGUCUGACACUCCCAGCAUGCAGGGCUGCAACGCAAAGAGAUGGGCCUGGGAAAUGCGACUCCUCACCGGUCCCCAGGCUGCAGUACGCUGGGUCUGGGUCGGAAGGAAGAGCCACUUACUUCCCCGCCAGGAGCUCUCCCCAGCUCAUUUCCAGGGCCGGGUCCCAGGGACAGAGGAGGCUGGCCCAGCUGGGGAGGGGGCCCGGUGACGUCCGUCCUCCCCAGCCUCCAGCUCGCUCCGGUGGCCUUGCCCAGUUGCCAUUAUCCACCCUGGACACAUCAAGGCACGAAGGUCCUUCCCCUCCGAAGCCACACCACCUCCCUACGCCACAGUGCGGACGACCCAGCGACCUGCUCUCGCAAGAAGCGCUUUACAGCCACCGCGCAAAGGGGACCGGAGCGGACCGACAGCCGCGGACACGCGCCAAAGCGAUGCCAAAGCGCGGCUGCGGGAAAGCAGAGCCCUCGGGAGCGCCCCAGAGCGUCCCGGUUCCCCGACAGGCAGUGUCUGCUCACAGGCCUUCGUCAAAACGUGCCGCGGGCUUAGGUCUGGCCCGGAGGCUGGACGAGGCCCCCAGAGCUCAGCGCACCUCCUCCCGCAGAUGGGAGCGGCGGAGGCCCCCGCCCCGCGCGCAGGGUCGGCCCCGCGACUUCAGGGCGCGCCUCUCGCCCAGGCUGGGGGGUGGGGACAGGGCGCGGGGCCCGGCGGGGACGACGAGGCUCGCCCGGUCCGCACGGAUUCCAGCCGGGAGGCGAGGCCGCCUCGCACCCCCGCCCCCGUCCGCCCCGAGCGCAGCUCCGGCGGGGGGAGGGGGCCUGUCGGAAGCCGCGGCCGCGGGGCAGGGACGCGCCCCAAGAUGCUCCCACAAAGAGCUCCGGCUCCCCCGCGGCGGGCAGAGCGGGGCGGGGGGGCGCCGAGACCCUCCCGCGCGCCCGCCCUGCCCGGAACUCAGCCCCGCUCCGGCCCGCCCGCCGCCCCCGCCGCCCCCGCCCCGCUCACCGCGCCGCCGCCGCUCAGGGCCCGCCCGGCCGCCGCCCGCCUCGGCCGCCGCCGCUUCCGCCCCCCCGCCGCGCUCGCCGACCGCGGGUUUCGGGUUUCAGGCCGCCCCGCGCCGCCCCUCCCGCCGCCUGCACGCGGACCCCGGCGGGCGCAGGCCGAGGAACUUCGCGGUGCCCCCGCCCCUGCUCGGCCGCGCCGCCCCUCCCCGUCCCUCCCCUCCCGGCUCCCCGGAGCCCCCCGCGCCCCGCCCCGCCCCGCGCCCCCGGCUCCGCGGCCGCCUCCUCCCGCUCCCCGGCCCCGGGCCCCGCCGGCCGCUCUUUGUCUCGCCCUCCCCGCCCCCCCCGCGCCCCGCCUCCUCCGGCCUAACCGACCCCGUCGCUGCGGGCUGGGCCGUCCCUUCCUCUCCGCCGCCGCCCACGUCGGGCUCCCCCGGCUCCCCCGGCCGCGCCUUUAAUCCUCCCCGCGACGUCGAGGACCCUCUGCCGCCGCCGCGCCCCGUCCUGCGCCCCGGAAACCGCGCGGGGAGCGGCCGCGAGCCCCGAACCCACGGCCCCCGGAGCGGGAGCGCAGACGCGGUGCUCGGAACUCGGGGCCCGGGGCCGCGACCCCCGCGCAGACCCGCUCGGCCCUGCGGGGAGGGAAAGUCCCGGCAAACUGCGAGCUGCGGGCGGAGAGCGGGGCCGCGGGACCGGCGGGUCGGGACGCACAAACCCAGCUCCCCGGACUCCCGCGAACGCCUCCGCGAUCCGUCUGCGUGGACGACUGUCCGGACUCGCUCUUCCCCGGGCUCCGGCCGCGCGCCCCGGGAGCGGCCCCGCCUGUCGCCCGGCCUGGAAGCACCGGUUAGAGCCGCGGUUCACGACCCAGCGCCCGGCGGGUCUCCGGGGACACGCGGGAUGAUGGGGAAAAGUUAA